ACAAGGGCCGAACAUGGGCCCCAACGGGAUGGGUGGAGGCAUGGAUCCUAACGCGAUGGGAGGCAUGGAUCCCAACGCGAUGGGAGGCCCACCUGGUGGGGGCCCCCCGGACAUGGCAAACAUGGACUUUGACGAAAUGGACCCCGACGAAAUGAUGGCGUUGGAGUUUGACUCCACAAACGUGCAGAGCGCUGGCUUCAAGCCUCCGCCGGGAAUGGAGAACGAAGUGGAUGGGGCUAGCUUUAACAUGAACGCGGAAGGCGAGAUGGUGAUGACCACGGCGUCCGGCGUAUCAAAAUGAAAAAUCCCCCCUCCCCAUAUCAAAACGAAGUUUGUGAUGCUGGAUUUGCGUACACAAAUGAGAUUUGUUUUGCUGGAGAGGAAUGCAGGCCUAUAUCAAGCCUGAGUAGAGAGGUUUUGGCCUAGUCGCUUAGCAUGAGAAACGUCUGCGCUGUAGGCCUACUAGCGACACAAACUGCCUGCAUCAUGCGGCGGAGCCUGUGGAAUUGCCUUCUUGCAUGACAGAGAUGAUUUGUGGUCGCAAAUCAGCAUUGCAAAUUUUCUGCGGCGUACCUUUUCGAUAUGGGGAGGGGGGAUUUUUCACUCUGAUACGGCGAAGAGGUGAUCAUGGAUGCGCCCAUGGGCCCCUCCGAGGCGGCUAUCGCCGUGGCGCCCUUCGUAUGCAUUGCAAAAGUUGUAACUCGUACGACUACUAGUACUAAUUGCAUUCAUGCCUGACAGAUCUGGUUGCCCCUUACCCAAUUCAGCAUUACUGUUCCUUCGAAAUAAAAACUUGUAAAUCUAAAUGCGAUUUAUAAAUUAUAAAUCGCAUUUAGAUUUACAAGUUUUUAUUUCGAAGGAACAGUAAAAUACUAGUUGUGCGAUACAAGUUUUGCAAUGCAUAGUUCGCGAGCGACGGGGUGGCCAACUUCUUCAAGUUUUUCAACCCGACCACCUCCGGUCGGUACCCGUUCGGGGAGAACGAGGAUCCGACCACCAAGUACACGAUUUUCGUGGACGCGGAAUCCCGGUCCGUCAACGACACCACUACCGGCUUCGUCCCGAAAUGCAAGUAUGGCAGCGAGUUCUGGGUGAAACUGGGCCCCGGGGACCGGACGGGCGGCGCCGGAUGGACCGCGGGAACCAGGACCCCGCAUUUGGGGGGCAAUGAUUUUGUCAAGCUUGUGCGUGUGGACGGGGUGGACUGGAGCUGCAUUUCCAGCUACACCGACGCAGUUCCAGAAGAAGUUCUCGCGCUCGACAUCGUCAUGGCCCUGGAGGCGACCUCGGGAGCGGUGCCUCCGGUGACCACCGGGAGCAAGGUGCAGGUGGAAGUGAUCAACAAGUCUGGCUCCACGGAAAUUCACGAGAUCAUCAUCGGCGGCAACCAGGGCGUGAAAAACUACAACCAGUUGCGCAUGGUCAUCGAGAAGAAGCAAGAGAUGGUGUGGGACGGCCUGAUGGGUGACAUGAUGGAGGACAUGUUUAUGUCUGACCUCGGCAUCGAUCCGAUGGCCAUGGGAGCAGACCCAAUGAUGGCAGCAGACCCGGGCAUGUAUGCACUGCAAAAGUAUCGUACUAGUACAAAUCGCAAUACAAAUUGGUUCAGCAUUACAAAUUAAAUUUGUAAUGCGGAUUUACCUAACCAACUAGAUUUGUAAUGCAUAACUGCGAUUACUACGAGUACGAUACUUUUGCACAGGAUAGCAUGGCAUCGGCGGCGAUGUAUGGGGCCGCCGGUGCUGAUCCUUCGGCCAAGUCCACCCCCAAGAAGGCGAAGUCCUGCUUUCGCGGCUCGGUGAUGGCGCAGGUGGUGAAGCCCAAGUGCUUCCCGACCUGCGCGCGCACCGGCGUGACGCGCGCAGCCAACACCGAGGAGGCCACCGCAAUCGCGGCCCUGAAGGGGGACGAGAUUCCGUUUGUGUUGCUGAAGAAGCGAUACAAUCUGAAGACGCUGAAGGAGGACAGCUCCUUCGCGGCCUCGCUGCCGGCGGCGUUCAAGGAGGGAACGUGCACGGCGCGCGUGGGCGGGCUCGUGGACGCCAACGGCGGAGCCAUCUUCCGCGAGAAGGUCUCCGUGCCCUUCAAACCGCCGUCCUGCGACUUUCUCACGAUGAACGGCACGCGCACGGACCUGGAAAACAUGCUGACUCAGAUGCAGUCGAAGGUGAUGGAGGUGAACGUGAACGCCCUGGCGCGGUACGAGGGCACGGACACCUGGUCCAACUGCCAGGCGCUGCUGAACAUGGGGCUGAAGGACGCGGUCGAGACCAUCACCGUGAAGUCCGUGGGGUGCCCGCACACACCGCCGUCCUGCGCAGGCGAGACCGAGUUUGAGAUUUGCACGCGGGAGGCGAACAAGAAUCAUCCGUGGUGCAAGGACCCCUGUUGCAACAUUGACAUGCAGAAGACCAAGUGCUGCGCGGAACGGGACGUGCAGAAGAAUGUGAAGUCGUCCGAGGUGAACCCCAUGGCCUUCGGGUUCUCCUGCCCCUUCGGCGGAGCCGACUCCAUUGACGGCAUCGAGAUUGCCAAAGCCACGCAGCGCGUGCUGAACAAUCCGCAGACCUGUUUUGGCAAGGAAUCCGCGUCCAAAAAAGCCAAGCUGAAGGCAUUGAAGGACGCCGCUGAGUGCUGUUAUGCGGCGGUGUUCGGAAACGAUCCCUCCGAGGAAAUGUUCGCAGCUGGUACUUACCUACUGCUAGCUUACAUCAAAUUCAAAACCAAUGCAAAUGAUUAAAGAAACGCUGUUCAUCUGCUUUCCUGUAGGUACAGCAUACUACAUGCAUCUUCUGGAUCUACUACUUCUUGUCAGACGCGGAGAGCACUCCAAGUCUCGAAGCAGCAUGGAGAAACCGAAUGAAUAUUGGUUGAAGAAAGUCCACAAACCGCAUGCUGCACAUAACCAAUACCAAAGGCAAAGGAGAUGGAGAUGUACUAAAAUAAAGAGGGAGAAACAGUUAUCGGUCCGAAUUUCAAAUUCAAUACAGGUGGCGGUAGUGGCGACAGCAAGAAGAAGAACAGCAUUCAAACCUGCAGCUCCGACCUUGAUUGCUACAGUGGUACGUGCAUCAAGGUGAAGUCCUCGUCAUCCGGAGGCGGCGGCGGUGGUGCGGCCGCGGGCGGCGGGUCGUCCGGCGGCGGCUCGGGUGGCAGCAGUGGCACCGACGCGACGCCGCCGAAGGCGUUCAAGCACUGCUUUACGACGGGCUCCGCGACGAACAAGGGGCCUUUCACCACGAAGGGCAAGUCCUACACCUGCGCGCUGGCUCCCAUGGCCACCGCCGGCACGGCCCUCGCCCAAUGCCUGAAGGACCGCUUCGACAAGGACGCGGCCGGCCUCGCGACCGCGUGGGCGAUCGUGUCCGACUUGUACGGACAGGGCGGGGACGCCAACGCGGACGUGUCCACCAUUGGCGCGCAGCUCGUCAGUGCGGACACGUUCCAAAGCUGCGAGGGCGAGACGGGGUGGAUGUACAACGCCGACGACUUCUUUGUGCGCGAGGUGCUGAAGACCUGCUCGGACGAGUCGGACUGCGCUGCCAAGUGCGUGUCUGAGACCAAGUGCAACUGGGCACCCAUGGGAACGAAACUUACCAACGACGAGUGCCUGAACAUGUUUCCGUCGCAGACAUCCUUCUGCAAGGACCCCGAUGGAGCACGAUGGGGUAAGGAUCUAGUACCUCACUAUUUUGAGUAUUUCUACGCGAUGAAAUUAGGGGGCUCGCACAAAGUGGAAGAUAUGUUGAAUUACAGUUACUCGCUGUUCUUGUUCAGCUGCAGGGGUUUCUACUCUGUGCGUGAUCGCGGUCCUACCAUUAUACGGCGUCGUGGCUCUGUAACGACCAACUUCUUGUUGGACUUCGUACACGUAACUCUAACUAUGUUAUAAGUAUAACCACGUCCACGUAUAAUAUGCAACAUGACAAAAAUGCAUCACGACACCGAGCCCGACCGAAAGUAUGUCCUCUAUCACUAUCUCUGCUCGCUGCAAAUACAAUUUUUGGUUUUUGCCGUUGUCUCAAACACUCCCAAAAAUUUCGUAUUCCAGGCCAGCCUUCGAAAACGAGGCCGGCGGUGUGCCAAAGUUCGACGGUGAAAAUUUUGCAGUCCUGGGAUAUGUGGUCGUACCAGCAAGACAAGCUGCAGGGAGUUCUCCGUGCGAUGAACGUGUCGGAUGCCGAGUGUGCGACGAUUGGCGACGGUAUGACAGUGCACACGCCCCCCUCCGCUUCGUUUCCAAUUGUCAUGCAAAAUCUACUAAGUCACCAAAGUCACGCUGCUGCCUUGUAGCGCUGUUUGCAUGGCAAACUAUGGAAGCCCAAGCAGGAACAGUACUACAGUCGGCGCAGGAACUUGUCAUGCUCAGCCUCCACGUGUGCUGGUGUUUGUGUUGCUUUUCAUGCCAUACAAAUGAGGGCGAGGGGGAGAUGUGCACUCUCAUAGACGGCACGAUGCGGCGGACGUUCACGGGCAUGUUCGAUAUGGACAUGACGUCGUUCGACAUGGACGACCCGAUGGCCAUGACGGCGAUGCCCGAGAUGAAGCCGGUUUACACCUGCGGCCACCCCAACGCGACCACCAAGAUCGCCUGUCUGGAGGAGUGCAUCGGGGACUCCGGGUUCAAGCCGUCCGCCAGCUACCGCUGCGAGAUGCCCACCAACGCGGACGGGGGGUGUCCGACGAACUGGCGCGUGGAGCAGCCGCCGAUGGAGUUCGACGCCAUGGGGAUGCCCAUCUUCUCGCAACCGGUGUGCGUCCCGGACGACUACGGCCUGACGUUCUCGGGGGCCAACAGCCCCUACACCGGGUUCACCGACGGCGUCCACACCUCUGGCCUGUACUACCCCUGGGAUUUCACCUGGUUCACCGACGCCCAGCAGGGCAGCACCGACCGCUGCGCGGUGCUGGCGGCGAUCACCGGCCUGGAAACCACGGUGAAGCGGCUGAUGGACGAUGGGUCCGGCUUCUGCUUCGACGACAUGUGCUACUUCAACGCCACGGCCGCGGGCAUUGCGGACUACGGGGCCUGCAUGAACAAGGUUCCCUCGGACCAACAGAGCUCCUACAGCACCAUGUUUCAGCAGGACUGGAUGAACGGCAAUGGCGCCUGCGUGAUCAUGCGCAACGACGGCUGGGGGGACAUGAUGACGAGCAUGACGGACUUUUCGACCUCCCCGCGGAAGCCCGCGGACCUGAACGCCUUCAAGACCACCUGCGAGGGCUGGGGCGGCAGCUUCUACGAGGGCAAGCGGUUUGAGGAGCCGGCGGUGGACACGCAAGAGCUCUGCUCAGGGCACACGGAGUGCGAGAUCGACAUGGGUUACAAGGUGCCCGGCCUCACAGCCGAGGAGUGCGCCAAAAACAAGCGCUGCCUCGACAGCAGCGGCUGGCCGGCGUCGUGCCCCGGCUGCGAGAUGGACUGGAGCCAAUACGACGCGAAGGAUGGCGCCUGCGUAAAGAAGGUGAAGCAGAAGUCGGAUUGCUCGACCACGACCUUCUACCCAUCCAAGAGCACCGCGCUUACCGGAGCGGGGAUCUGCUACGACGCCACCAAGAUGCGUGGGGAUUGCGGGUCCGGCUGGGAGUAUCUGGAAUGCCGCGAGAGCAUUCCGGUCGCCAGCUGCAAGGCCGCCACCGUCGCGAGCGGCACGUGGGCGGAGCCCAUGACGCUGCUGAGUCAACAGCUGAAGUGCAUUCCGACGGUCUGGGGCAAGUGCAAAGACAAAGCGGACUGCGAGGUCGGUGGCAUGUGCACCAUCAACACGGCGGCGCUGAGCAACGACGCCAUGAUGGAUCCGAUGAUGAUGAUGGGCAUGGACCCGAUGGCCGGGAUGAUGGGCGUUCCGCAGGAGGUGUGGGGUCCCACCGAGGCGUCGAAGCUGACCAAGAAGUCGACGGGCAGUGGUGGAUCAGGUGACCAGAACCAGCAGCAGGGCAUGGAGGACGAUCCGUUCAUGAUGAUGGAGUGCAUUCCCCACAGCAAGUACAUGACGCCCUACUUCUUCGACAAUGUCUGCAAGACCGACAUGUCGGACGUGGACGUGCAGGACCCGAUGAACCCGUGCGGGAUCGACACUUCCUUCACGCGCGUCGAGACCGACAAGUGCUCGGGUAUGGUGUACGACCCCUUCGUGUUCUUCGACGGGAACGCCUGCUACCACUACCUGACGGCGCAGGCCGACUGCACCGGCGCGGGGAAGUCUUGGGUGGCCACCGGGGCGACGCAGGCCACGUGCGAGGGGAAGAAGAUCUGCAUGGGGGGCGACGGCUUCGACACCGGCGGCCGCGGGAAGAAGGAGUGCGAGAAGUGCAACGGCCUGUUCGACGUGGCCAACAAGUGGAUGGCGAACAAGUUCGAGACCAGCAAGCUGACCAACGUGACGGGGGAGUGGACCGCGCGCGCGGUGGAGCCGGUGAACAAGCUGAUCACGACGAUGGAGAAGGAGCCCUUCAUGCGGAAGCUGGGCGAGGUGAAGCGGCAACUGGAGGCGGAGGAGGAAACCCAGGCCAUGAUGUGCUACUUCGGCCGGACGGCGACGCAGCUCGCGACCAUCGCCUCCAUUUGCGAGCAGAACCGCGCGCCGGAGUACGUGCCGGCGUCCACCGACAGCAAAAAUGUGUACACCACCGCGGCGGAGAACAAGGUGGGCGGCGAAGCCGAGGCGCAGGUGGCGAUCUCGGCGAAGACCUUCAAUGCCACCACCGGCGGGAAGCGGAAGCAGGUCGGCAUGGAGACCACCACGAUCAAGGCCGAGGUGCCCGAGAUCUCCUCGGCGGCGGCUUCCUCCUCGCGCCGCUCCUUGGAGGAGCUCAAGGAGGAGCUGCGCCUGCUCAGCGCGGCCGGCGCCACCACCAACGACCCGGGGUGCUAUUCCGUGGUGAAGAACGCGAACAACAAACUCGUCGGCCAGCUGACGGGCGACUGCUUCGGGAUGAAGACGGCCGACGGCGGCACGUCGAUGGACGGUGCCGCGGAGCUGUGUUUGAACGAAAAAGAGGAAAUCAAGAAGUCCCCCUCGUACACCGUCCCGGCGUUCGCGCUGCGUAGCGGGUCGGCGGGCGCCUACACGUACUCAGCGACCGCCAAGACUGUGAAGAAGAACGGCCCGAAGCUGUGCGCCUCCGUCACGGAAGCGAACACCUACUUCUGUCCCGCGGCCACCGUCGCCAACGCCGCCACCCAGACGGCUGACCAGGGCACCGCCGCCUGUCCCGCCCUGAAAACGCAGCUCGACCAGGUUUCCCAGGCGGCCACGCUCGUGGGCGGCACCGCCAUCCCGGGCACGUCGGCCCCGGCCACCACCUCGACCGCCGCGAACACGACCUCGGCCGCGGCGCUCCCGGCGGGCAGCGUGGUCGCGUCGACUGCGGAGUUCGGCAUCAACCUGCCCAGUUCUGUGCAGGAGUCGCAGCUGAUGGGCCUGCUCGGCGACAGUAUGAAGACCGGGAUCGCGAUUGCGGCGGGCACCGCCGUGGAGGCGAGCCAGGUGACCAUUUCCGAGCUGAAAUUCAAGGUCCGGCGCAACCUGCUGGAGGCGGCGCCCAUGCCGCAGGCGCUGGCGCAUCCGGAAGACCGGGACGAGCGCCGCCGGCUGUCCACCUCCGCCCCGAAGACCCUCGCGGUGGAUUACAGCAUCUUUAUUCCCGCGACGACGGCCGGCGCCUCCGCGCUCGUCGCAAACCUGGCCGCCAAGAUGUCCACCGGUACGACGGCCUCCGCUUCGUUCGCCACCGCGCUCAUGUCGGGCUUCACCUCGGGACUGAACGCGGCCGGGCUCAGCUCGCAGUUCACCGUCACGAGUGUGGCCGUCACGGGCACCGCGACCACCACCCAAACCGUGGCUUCCAGUUCCGCCUACACCACCAUGCUACCGUCGUUAGCGCUGGCCUUCACCUCGCUGUUGGCCACUUUCAUCUUCCUGUGAGGAGAAUUUUAGCACUUCGUAUCUAUUUUUACUUGUGAGUCAACAAGUUGUGAUAGCAGGAGAGUAGUACUAUGUUUGUGUCACCGCUAUAAAUCUUACAGCAACAUUGUUCGAAUCCGUGUAUGAUUAUAUGUACUUACUUUCGACUUCAUUCUGGAGAAACUACUAGGUGCCGAUAUUUCAAAGCGAGCUGUUGCGAUUUACUUCAUGCGGUCCACGACAAGAAUUCAGCACUCUCGUCUUUGGAGCUUUUAUCGCGCGAUGCCGCUGCGGAGCCCGUGCGUUCAUUCUCUGUGUGCGUGUGCGACAAUAUAGUGGCCAAAGGUCAAAAGAACUUUUUCAAGAUUACACAGAUGGAACCUAUUUGGCACACCCUUCCCACAUCUAGCGAGUUUUAAUUUCUCCAUACUAUCUGUAUGUUUCAAAAAACAAAAAGGAAUACAUAGCGGUACACGUUUCGGCUCCUCGCCUGAGAUGUAAAUAUGGCAUAUUUUUUUCUGCACCUAGUAUCAGCUCUUCGUCUUCGUUGUUAUUCUGUCUUGCGUUCUUUCUUCAGAAUGCUUCUUUGGAGAAUAACAAGGCUCCAAUAAUUCAUCGUGUCACCCAAUCCCAAUUGAAGUAGGAGAAUUGUUUCAAAAUCUCAUUCUCAUGUGCACGAUUGCAUAAACUAUCAAAGCAGAGCUAGGUACUUAGACUAAUGGCUCCCUACUAUGAAUUUUUGAAGAUGUAAAGCGAAGGACAAGGAUAAAGCCGUGAAGCUAAGUGGGUUGCACUUGUUGGCAACUUCGGCGCAUAAUUUCCAAACAAACACACAAGUGGUUCAAACUAUUCGAACAGAAGAAUGUCACCGAUUAAUUGCCCAGAUGAGAGAUUCUUGUGCAACAUGAUCGAACCACAUUCGACCUUGCUGUUAGCUGCAAGAUGGGCGGGCUAUUGUGAGCUCGCUCUUCAAU